CUCCACUCAUCCCACGGCUCCUCCGGUGACCACUAGUGCAAGAUAUGCUCUCGGCGCUCAGCCAAGCGGCCGGUGGGCUGUUGCGCUCUCUCAUCGCAGCCGUCUUCGGGGCAGCUGGUACAGUGAUCGGCGCUUUGGGCGGCCUCCAUGCAGGCUUUAUCAACGAGGAUGGUAUGAUGCAUGGGGCGCUGAUGGGUGCGAUCACGGGAGCUAUUGUCUCGGUGGAGCUUGCUAAGUCCCUCCUUAGCAUAUGUUUCUCCGAUGACUACUCUGUGGAAGCGCGGAUUACACGGAUGGUAGGCUUUUGGCUUGAGUUCCAGCACCUCACAGCGGCCAGCCUCCUGCGCGGCUCGGUGUUCGCAAGCAUAAGUAGCGCGUUAGACAGCCAGAUAGACGCACUACAGCGCCAGUCUUACCAACGAGAGCCCGGUGGCGACCUCUUUGAGCCGAGUUACCAUGUGAUGGCCACGGGGAGGGCUUCAGUCGACAGCCUGCCGGUUACGCAGGCCACAAUGGAAACAGUAGGACAGCAGACCACCUGCCCCAUCUGUCUUCAUGAGUUCCAAGCCGGUGAGAGCGCCAGGAGGCUACCUGCAUGCUGCCACUUGUUCCAUCUGGUCUGCAUCGAUAACUGGCUUAUGUGGAAAUCCGACUGCCCCGUAUGCCGCCACACUGUGUACUAGCAAAGAGCAUCUCUCUCUCUCUCUCUCUCUCUCUCUCUCUCUCUCUCUCUUUUUGCGGGGGUAGCAAAGAGCAUCUCGAUAUAUCAAAGUGCCCCGCCGCGUUUUUAUUUUAUCUAACGUGCGAGUGUUUACAGUUAUCUUUGCACAGAUGUUUUUGCGUUCCCAGUUCCCCUUCUAUCCAAAAUAUAUGUCAUUUUAUAUAUGUAAGUUUGACCUUUAUUA